AUGCGAUCAGAAGCUACGACACCCAACGACUCCGCAGCAGCUCGCUUACAGCAGUUGCGUGUCCUACGUCUUCGUGCAAAAGAUAGCAAGAAGCAAAAUAGAGAUGAGUUAUACGCAGAGCAUGCACGGCUCAGAAACGACCCGAUCGCGGCAAAGAAGCUCGGCCUCAAGAAGAGUCAAGCGGUGGAGAAGCUGGCAAGGUUGGAUGCGACUGAUGCUGGCGAAGACUUUGAACGCAAGCGUGCAUGGGAUUAUUCGAUUGAGGAAUCUCAAGCAUGGGACAAGAAGGUAGAAAGGUCACAAAGCAACAAACUCCAGGCUGGCUUCAGCGAUUAUGCAGCCGAUGCAGUGAAGCAAUAUGAGCGCGAAACAGCAGUACUUCGAAAACCUGGCUUUGAAGCGUUUAACCAGCAGGAGGCUGAACGGCACGAGCAGGACCACACGCAGUUGGGACCGGCCCAAAGCUUCGCCUUCCUGGACGAUCGGCCCGACAAGUUGCGCGUGGAUGCGCUAGUAGAGAGCAUCGCGGCGAGAGAUUUGCAGCGCGACAAGAACAAUAGCCGCAGAAGAGCCAAAGAAGGAGACCCUGGAUCCUACAUCAAUGAUCGGAAUCGCAAGUUCAAUCAGAAAGCGGCAAGGGCAUACGAUGAGUAUACGAAAGAAAUGCGCGAUUCAUUUGAACGGGGAACUGCGCAGUAG